AAGAAAGAAAGAAAGAAAGAAAGAAAGAAAGAAAGAAAGAAAGAAAGAAAGAAAGAAAGAAAGAAAGAAAGACCGGCCCGGAACCUCCCUCCCCAAGAAUAUGAAAGUGAUGACUCUUACGAAGUAUUGGAUUUAACAGAGUAUACAAGAAGACACCACUGGUGGAAUCGAGUGUUUGGCCACCAAUCAGGACCUAUGGUAGAAAAAUACUCAGUAGCUACUCAGAUUGCAAUGGGUGGCGUGACUGGCUGGUGUGCAGGAUUUUUGUUCCAGAAAGUUGGAAAACUUGCAGCAACAGCAGUAGGUGGUAGCUUUCUUCUCCUACAGAUUGCCAGUCAUAGUGGCUAUGUGCAGAUCGACUGGAAGAGAGUUGAAAAAGAUGUAAACAAAGCAAAAAGCUUUAAGAAAUGAGCAAAUAAAGCAGCACUUGCAAUCAACAAUGUAAUCGAAGAAGCAACAGAAUUUGUCAAACAGAACAUCGUGAUAUCCAGUGGAUUUGUGGGAGGGUUUCUGCUCGGCCUUGCAUCUUAAGGACAUGAAUGAUCCUUCCUAGUGGAUCCAACUGUGAGAAGAGAGUGGCAGCAGGGGAACUUCUCAGCAGCACAUGCCACCAGAGUCUCCAGAGCAGGGAGAAACAACUCGCUGGACAAUACCAAAUUCACCACUUAGCAUUUUGCCAUCUGAAGCUUGGCAAAUGAGUAUCUGCCGUAAAACAGCCUGUGUGGCAUUUGAACAAUAGUAUUCUUGAGCAAAAAAAAGAAAGGAUUCAAAGUGAUAAUAAGCAACAAUAAUAGCAAUAAAUCAACUUCACUCAGAGCAGAGGAUGU